GCUGGCUAAUACCCAGAGCAUCACCAUCCAAACUUCUGGAACUACCACUAGUCUCACGAUUGCCAACAUCACUGAAGAGGAUUAUGGGAACUAUACCUGCGUGGCCUCAAACCGACUGGGCGUCCAGAAUGCCAGCCUUUUCCUCUAUAGACCCGGGACAGGCAGAGAUAUCAACGGCUCUGCCUGUGUAUCUCAAUCACUGUGGCUCCUGCUAGCCUCCUUCGCCUGCCUUUUCUUGAAGUGUUAAUACCCCUGCCCUCUAUCCUUCCCCUUCUCUCCCCCCGGCCUCGCACCUUGGCCUUCCGCCCCAUUCGCUCUUCUUCUUCUUCUUCUCUCCAACUCACCGGCAUCCUUACUGCUACCUUAUUACCAACUUUGCCGCCCUCUUCCCCAGACUGUUUGCAUCAUGAUACAGAAACCUUACGUGCUGUCGAGCACUGCUUACAGGUGUGGAAAAAAACGAUGGGUUAUGAGUAAAAUGUUUUAGGAACAACAACAAAAAAACAAAAAACAGUAAAAUGAAGGACAAAACAAGCAAACAGUGCUUUUUAAAGAAUUGCAUUGUUCUUUUUGAUUGGUAUGCACUUCUUUUGUUUCUGCUUUAUCUUGUCUUCUGGGUCUGGGUCGGGCUUUGGGAGGGGGGUUGUUUGUUUUUUUGUUGUCUACAUGGGAAUAAAAAUGAAGGUGGCCUGGCUCACAGGGACACCAAGAAAACAAUCAUUUGUCUCUAGGACUACUGAAGACAUGAGGUGUAUUUCUUCUUACUCCCUUAGAUGUAUUAUGUUAACUUAAAGCGUAGAUUUAACCGAGUGUUUAUAACCAGUGCAUUAAUGAGAAACACGCAAAGCAUCUGCCAAAUAUACACGUAAAUUUCAAACUAACACAUGUGAAACUCAAAGGGAAACUGCUACGGCUGCUUUUGCGAUGAGAUUAGAGCUGUAAUUUGAUGCUACUGUGCUGAAACACAGAUAUAGUGUUAGGCAGAUACCUCUGCAAUCAGUGUCAUUGCAAGCGGAGCCCAGAAAUAUGGGAACAGAAACAAACCUGAAGAAAUGAGUCUGUCUGGAGCUCUGUGAUAUCUUGCGACCCUUCCCCAUUAUUCCAAAAAACUACCUGUUUUUCUUUUUCUUUCUAGACUCUCACUUACAAACAACAACAAAAAAGAGAACAGGGAAGAGAAACACACAGUAGGUUAUAAUGAUGCGUAUUGUACAUAGUAAAAUUUUGUAUUACUCUAUGAUAAGAAAACCAUGAUGUGCAGUUUGUCUCAGAGGCUGCACCGAGCAGUGUUUGCAUUCAGUCGAUGAGUUUUAGGAUCAUUUUAUCCCUACUGCUGGAAUUUGGAUAAAAAUGUAUGACACCAAUGAAUGACUUACUUUUUUGUUUUUCUCUUAAUCAAAAACACGUGUUUUCAUACGAAAAUGAUACAGAAAAAAUCAUAAUAUAUAGAUAUUGGGGGUAUUAUUUUGUGUGCACCUCAUGAAUCCACUGUCCUUAUAUAUGAAAAAAGCUCAUUUUACAUGAUUCUGAAUAUGGUUGUGAUUUGUUGAGGAUUAGUGAAAUACAGACCUUUGGACCUGGCAGAUACCCAUUAUACAACAAUGUUUUUUAUGUUAUUUUUUGUUUUUUAUAAUUCUGUGCAGUAAUUAUUGUACCUGUCCUUGAAACGAGAUGAGUGCUAGCUUAAAUGAUGUUAAACAGAGGGAGUAUUAUGAGCUUCAUAAUGCUCUUACGCAUACCUGAGAUUUAAUAUGACAGAAGAAACCAAAUGAAUACUGAAUGCAGUUCCCCUCAGUGUCACCAAGGCCACUGUGCUGAAGGCCUUAUGGGGAAAAAAAAUCAAACAAAUGAGAAAUAAUGAGAAUAAUAGUGCUGUUACCUCACCGUGUCCUACAGCAAGAUUUCUAAUCACUCUUUUGCCAGUGAUUAGACUGAACAGUGAGUUAGUUUCUUUAUGAACAAAAUGGUUAAAUAAAUAUGUUACGUGUUGAUAUUUUGAAGAAAAUCUUUCAAAGGGAGCAGCUCGUAGGCCGUAGCUGUUAAAGAGACAGCACUGACACUGGUGGUGACUAAUAGCGUUUGGACUCCAGUGCCCAGCUCAGCUCUUUGAUUGGAUGUGUGCGUUCAGGUCUCCGCUCUUUCAAACAACCAAGCCGAGAUAGUACUGUAAAAACACACGUGUAAUUAAUGUCAUCCUUGUCACGCAUUAAAAGACUCGUUCCCAGUGUGUUCUCUCAUUGUAAAUGCUUCUGAGGCCAUGGCUGUGUGUGUAGUGUUGGUAAUGCUCCAGUCUAAGCUGAGACUUACAGAGACUGAAAACCCACCGCGUUUUUAAUCAAAACUGAAGCAUUUAUGAAUUCAUAUUUCCAUUAGCUCCAUGAGACACAACGAAAACAAUGUCUUGCGAUCAGAUCUCUUAGAAUACGAAAGAAGCUGCUUGUUUUUACACUUUUAUUGUGUUGCGUGCUUUUUUUAUUAUUUUAUCUUAUUUGGUUUUAUUUUACAACUGUGCGAAUGAGUCCUGGUGUUUUUAUACUGCAGUCUGCAGAUUGAUUUUUAGGCUCUAACUUAACCAUACUUGAGGACGCUAUUGUAGUUUAUCAGCAGUUAUCUUCUUACCUUAAUUAGAGCCGAAUGAUCUGGUAGCUGUGGUGAAAUAGUUUUUCAUGAUCAGUUUCCAUAAACAUGGUCUGUGCUACCAGUGAGCUUUACAGAAGAGACAAAAUAAAUGUGUUGUCUCUUUGUUUUAUUUCAGCGGGGGAGACCCUGACAGACCAAAAAAGCUGGGUCAGAUAUCCCCAAAUUGUGUUCUGCAUUUAAUUUCAUGAGCCUGCAUACAGGUCAUUGUCUAGAAUUUCUGCCAUUCAGGUGUGUUUUCCAAUGAGACUAAGCUCACCGAUGUGGAAGUCUAAGUGCUUCCGUGCGGGUUAAAACCAGCUAAUAAGCACUUGACUUAUAGGACCACUGACGUAAAAGCCAUGGAGCUCUGUCUUAUCCAUAAAGCAGCGAGAAAAAAGGAGAUCUGGUGUUAUUCCAUUGCUCAUAGAAACCAACAGCCAGCCUAUAAUGACACAGCACCAACCCCCUGCAGACAGACCUAGAUAUCUACUCAAGACUGUAGAUACAGCUAUGUAGUUUACUACUCAGCAUUGCCUCAAAACAUCGCCGAACUGGCUUGUGUAUGUGUGCGUGUGUACUCAUCUGUUUAUAUGAUUAACCUGCUGGAAAAGUGGCAUACAUGUGAGGCAUGAGAUAAAUGAUGAGUUGGCCCAGCAGCUAACUAUCUACUUUCCAUUGAGCUAUGGUUACACUUGUAACCCUCUAUAUUAAGUUUAGAUUGUUUUUUUCUCUUCCUCUGUGUGUAUAUACAGCAUUAUGUUUCUACUGUAGAAUGUUGUAAAGUCAGCAAAUCCAUAAGAUUGUGUUUAUACAACUCUACAUUUAAAAGUUUAAAAGGCAAAUGUAACUAUCAUGUUUGUACUUCCUUCCCUUUGUCGCGGGGAAUUAAGAUUCAAUCAUGGAUUAGGACACAGCAAUGUCCCUUUUUUUCUAUUUUACUUUAUUAUGGUAUAAGGUAAUUGAAGUCAGUUUCUAAAAAAUAAAAUAUGACAUGUAAUAAAGGUAUAUGAGAAAUGUUAACAAAAUAAAGUUGUUUGAAUUCAGUGUUCUGUAUUUGAAUGUGACAUGAAAUGUCGAAGCAAAGUAACCUUUUCUUUCUGGAGACAGCUUGGAACACAUGUUGUGUUAAUCACCAUGUAACAUGCAAAUAAAAUAAUAUAUGUAUUGUUA